AUGAUCGAGACGCCAACGUACCGUCGAUUCGUUGCGAGGGGCUGCCUCGGAAUGCUCCGUCGAUACCGCAGUACCGGCGAGCAUCUGUGUGUACCGGUACCCCGUACCCCGUACCCCGUUAAGCUGCUGGCUGAGCUGACAAGGUCGUGUGUGAAGAGGAGAAGAGGAGAAGAGGAAGAGGAAGAGGAAGAAGAGGAGAAGAGCAAGGGCAAGGGCAAGGGCAAGGGCAAGAAGACGUCAGUCAUCCUUCUCAUCUCUUUGUACCGGAGCACUUGCUCGCUCGACUCGCUCAACUCACUCAACUCACUCAACUCACUCGACUCACUCGACUCACUCAACUCACUCAACCCACUCGCUCAACUCACUCCUCUUACUCUCAUCACAGCGUACGCCCACCAAACGUACGGAAACACAUACACCCACACCCGUGGGCAAGGAAGGGUCAAAGUAGAUUUCAGCGUUGUAUUGCCUGCCGAGACGUCCCCCGUGUCCUGGUCUCUCCGAUAUUCUGAAUCCCCAUCGACCACAGGUAUGAUACCAGACUCUGUUCCCUUCCAUGGCCUCCCAGCCUCAUCGUACGUAACACGUAAAGAACGCUGA